GUCUGUGAGUAGGUGGGAAGCAAAACCAUAUAUACCUUAAUAUUUUUCACUAAAUCUAAAGUUUUCGACAUAAUAUCCAUAUUUCUGCAACACCGACUAUCUUAGAUUGUUGUAAUAUCCACUUGCCACGAAACUGACUGAAGAUGCCCAAGCGCCCAGAUUAUCAGUGGUCUGCCCCAGAAGGGGUCGAGUCUCCGAAACUCCACCUGUACAACUCCAUCACAAGAAAGAAGGAGCUGUUUAAACCUCAGAACCAUGUAGUUACUUGGUACAGCUGUGGACCAACAGUCUAUGAUGAUUCUCACAUGGGUCAUGCAAGAUCGUACGUCAGCUUUGACAUCCUGCGGAGGGUGAUGCAGGACUACUUUGGAUAUCCUGUCAAGUAUGUUAUGAACAUCACUGAUAUUGAUGACAAGAUUAUUAAGCGAGCGCGCACCAGAUACCUUGUCAAGAAAUAUAAAGAGUCUCAAGUUUCUAAGGAUAAAUUGGUGGAAGACAUUUUCUCAGCUAUGGAACACCACAAUUCUAUCAUUGCAGCAACAACAGAUCAAGAUAAACUCAAAAUGCUGGUUGAGGAAGUGCAGAAGGUGAAGAUUGCUGCAGAUGCAUUACAGAGUGUUGCCAGUUCAGGGAAUGCUUCUGAAAUCAGCAAGCACCAAGAUCAGCUAAUGGCCAGUGCUGAGAGUGUUCUGGGUGAAUGGCUGGACAAAGAGAAGGGGAAGGAAGUUACGGAAAACUCCAUUUUCGCAGACUUGCCACGGCAUUUUGAGAACGAGUUCAACAAGGACAUGGAUGCUCUCAAUGUACUUCCAGCUGACAUUGUAACCAGAGUGUCUGAGUACGUGCCUCAAAUUGUGGACUAUGUGAAGAAGAUUAUUGACAAUGGCUAUGCUUACGAAUCUUGCGGAUCUGUGUACUUUGAUGUGGGAAAGUUUGAUGCGGAGCCAAACCACUAUUAUGCCAAGCUAGUUCCUGAGGCCUAUGGUAACCAGGAGGCUUUGGAGGAAGGUGAGGGAGCACUCUCCACCACUGCCGCCCAGGAGAAGAGGAGCCCUAAUGACUUUGCGCUGUGGAAAGCCUCAAAGCCUGGUGAGCCAGCGUGGCCCUCUCCCUGGGGUCCAGGCAGGCCAGGGUGGCACAUUGAGUGCUCUUGCAUGGCCUCAGAUGUCAUUGGAGAGUCUCUUGACAUCCACACAGGUGGCGUUGAUCUGAAAUUCCCUCACCAUGACAAUGAACUGGCACAAGCUGAGGCGUACUACAACAAUGAUCACUGGGUGCGGUACUUCUUGCACACGGGCCACCUGCACAUUGACGGCUGCAAGAUGAGCAAGAGCCUCAAAAACUUCAUAACCAUCAAGAAGGCCCUGGAGGAGACGUCGGCUGCGCACCUGCGCGUAGCCUUCCUCCUGCACGCCUGGAAGGACACGCUGGAUUAUAGCUCGAACACUAUGGAAGGAGCCAAACAAUUCUACAAGAUGGUUAGUGAAUUCAACCUAAAUGUUCAGGAUCUGGUUCGUCGCAUCGGAAACACUAGCACACAGUGGGGUAAUACUGAGAUCCCAGUUGAGGCAACAUAUAAUAAUGCAAGAGUAAAUAUUCAUAAGGCGCUGUGUGAUAACAUUGACACCAGAACGGCACUAGACCAUAUGAGGGACCUCAUUACAGAGGCCAACAAGUACAUGAAUAACAACCAGCAGGUCAACUCUCAACUGAUGAUCAACAUAAACAGCUACGUCCUGAAAAUGAUGAACAUGUUUGGUGUUACUAUCGGUGAUCAGAAUGGAGGCAGUGGCCAGAGCUCAGAGAGCCUUCUUGCGGUAGCUGAAGUAGUUGGAGAUGUCCGAGAAAAACUCCGCCAGUGGUCUAGAGGAAAGGACGUAGAUGCCAAAGACCUCCAGGGGAAACUCCUAAGCCUCUGUGACAGUAUUCGUGAUGACAUGCUACCUCCGCUUGGGGUCAGAUUGGAAGACAGAGAUGGAGGCGCACCAAGCAUUAAACUUGUAGAUGCAGCAGAGCUUAUGCAAGAGAUCAAACUAAAGAAAGAGCAAGAAGCUGCCAAGAGAGAGGAGAAGGAGAGGAAGAAGGCAGAACAAGCAGCGAAACAAGCCGCCAAGGACAAGGAGGUGCCCAAGGACCCAAAGGACAUGUUCCGCACCCCUGAAUAUUCGCAGUGGGAUGAGAAUGGUCUGCCGACACAUGACAAGGAAGGCAAGGAAAUCACCAAGAGCCAGUCAAAGAAACUUGCCAAGCUCAUGGAAGCCCAGAAGAAGAAAUUCGAGAAGUGGCAAGCACAACAGGCGUAGCAUAAUUUAUAAAUUUUUUGCUUCAGUGAUCUAUGAGGUGGAAUGUGAUCAAUAAAAAAUAUUCUGACCAAAGUUGAUUUACUUGUCAUUUUGUGUAUGCAGGAUUAGUGGAUACCUUGCAUGAUUUCAGCUUUAAAUGCAUAAUUAUGAUCUUGGGAUGUUGGUGAUUGGCAUUUAGUGAUUAAUUUUUUUAUAACCUCUAAUUCUAGGGCUGAGACCUAUAAAGGCCAAAAUCAGAAAAGGCUAAUUUUGAAGUAAGCCUACCAUUGAACAGGAAAUAUUUUUUUUGUACAAGACCAAUGUGAAUGUUUUUUUUUAAAUCAAGUAUAUUUAUAUUUUUAAAGACCGUUUCUUUUUUUAAGCCACAAAAUGGUAGAGAAACUUUAGAAAUGGAAUAAGGAGGAUUGGUUUAUACAUCAUGAGCAGUAAAUGUAAAUGUCUUGUUUGUUUUAAAAGCAUAAAAAGGUUUCCAUAUGCAUUUUUUUUAAACAGAUUAAUCAAACAAAAAACAACAACAAACUUUCAUGAAUUAUCAUUUGCUGAAUUUCAAUGAAAGCAUUUUCCUCAACAUGGGUCUUUCAUGAGAUUGGCCCUUCUUGUUCUGGGCCCUAGAAUUACCAGUUAAAUCUGUUCAAAGAUGUGAUAAGUUGCUGAUCUUGUGCCUGUAUUUGCAUUUUUAACCAGAGUCCAACACAUAAACAAAUGCAAAGAGAUGCACAUAUUAUAUAUAUA